GCUAAUUCCAUGCGCGAGGAGGUGCAGUUGUGCAUCAUGCCGAGGACGCGCGGUGCCAAGGCAGCGCUCCUGUGUUGGACUCUCCGCUCAGUGAAAAUAGCUUGGAGACCGACAGAAACAGUUUCACACAUCGAUGUGUGUGCCACAAAUCUGGUCUCGUACCUCCAACGAAUUCAUCUUACAGACACAUGUGAGCCAAGAAUACAGGAAUAAUCGAGGGAGACGCGUUGGUUUCUGGCUAGUUAAUUUUUUUAAACAUUUUUUAUAACGAGUGAAAUCACUGCUGGUCACGAAAUGUCUGGGAAAAUAGAGAGUAAGCAAGACUCGCAGCGCUCCCACCUCUCCUCUUUCACCAUGAAGCUGAUGGACAAAUUCCACUCGCCCAAGAUCAAGAGGACGCCAUCGAAGAAGGGAAAGCAGUUGCAGGUCGAACCAGUGGUCAAGAGCCAAGAAAAACCUGUCAACAAGAAGGUGAGUCGGCUGGAGGAGCAGGAGAAGGAGGUGGUGAGUGCGCUGCGCUACUUCAAAACCAUCGUGGACAAGAUGGUGGUGGAGAAGAAGGUGCUGGAGAUGCUGCCUGGCUCGGCCAGCAAGGUGCUGGAGGCCAUUCUACCUCUGGUGCAGGUGGAGGCCCGGAUAACACACAGUUCGGCUGUGUCGUCGUGUCACAACCGGGUGUACCAGAGCCUUGCCAACCUGAUCCGCUGGUCCGACCACGUCAUGCUGGACGGCAUCGACCUUGAUGACAAGGACAACGUGGUCGCGGUCACGACAGUCAUCAAAGCCGUCCUGGAUGGGGUUAAGGAGCUGGUCAAACUCACCAUAGAGAAACAGGAGCAACCCUCCCCCACCAUACCCAACAAACCCCCACCACCACCUGUCACUACACCAGAGAGCAGGUCAGAGUUGCCACUGACAGAACGGGAGAGGGAGAUCCUGAGUAAGACCCCGCUCACCGAGGCUGUGACGGACAUGGCAGAGGAGGACGUAGCUCCGCCCAAACCCCCCCUCCCUGGCCUGAAAAUGGAUGCACUCAGAGCACACUUGACUACUGACCCCACUUUUGCUGGCCAACGGAGAUCCACAAAGUCUGACACUCCUCCUCCAGCUUUGCCCCCAAAGAAACGUCAGUCGGCCUCGUCGCCCACUCGGGUGGCAGUGGUGGCCCCCAUGAGCCGCGGCUCCAGCCUGCCUUGCAGCGUCCACAGACAGCAGCAGGACUAUGAGCAGGAGUUCCUCCAGAGGCGUUUCUCAGGGGGCAGCCAGUCGUAUGGGUGUGACUCUCCGCGCCUCUCGCCCUACAGCAGCAUGGGGAAGCUCAGCAGGUCUGAAGAGCAGCUCUGUUCCAUGGAACAGGACAGUGGACAGUGCUCCAGAAAUACUAGCUGUGAGACACUGGACAACACAGAGAGUUACGACCCCGACUAUGACUUCCUCCACCAGGACCUCGCUGUCUUCACAGGGGACACCCACCUGCCCUCCACUGCCACCCCCUCAGGGGUCAUGUCCCUGUCCCCCCUCCCCGAGUCCCACAGUGAGUGCUCCUCUCCUGUGCCUCCUCACCCCCGGUUCAGGUCACCACCCGCCCCCCACCACCAACAACCCCACCCACCCCAGUCUGAGUACUGGACACCCCAGCCCGGUUCCCAUAUCAUCCCCUUACAACCAUCCCGCAUCAGUGCUCCUCCAGCAUUACCCCAGAAGAAGCGGCGCAGCUCCCAGGUUUCGCCCUAUCAGGACGGGUGUGGCUCCUCGGGGGGGCCCCUCAACGAGAGGUCCCCUUCCCAAUACGAUAACCUGUCAGAGGAGGAGCUGCUGCACCCCACGCCCCUCUUCACUCCCAACUCGCCCAUGCCCCAGAGCAACGGGGGGGUGUUCGUGGACCAGUACCUGGCUAGCGAGAGCACCGACCUGCCCUCUAGUCCACCGCCACUGCCUGAGAAGAGGAGCAAGCACGUCCUGGCGUACAUGCAGUUUGUGGAGGACUACUCAGAGCCCCAGCCCUCAGUGUUCUACCAGACCCCACAGAAUGAGAGCAUCUAUGAGCAGAGGAACAAACGCUUCCAGGACGUCUACGGCCUAAACGACUCCUUCAGUAGCACCGACUCGGUCCACGAACCCCUUCCCAUACCCCUCUUCCCGCCCCCCGCCCUGCCCCCCAAGCAGAGGCAGCUGGCCUCCCACUCUUCCUCCCCCUCUUCCUCCUCAUCCUCCUCUCUGUCAUGCCACCUCCAGCCGUCAUUGGUGGUGGCGGCGGAGGAGGCGGGCUCUGGCCUAGGCCUCAGCCUAUUGGUUUCUAGCUCCUCCUACCUGAGUGGACAUGCCUCGCUGACCACGCCCAUGAGUUCAGACCAGGUCGCCUUGACCAAUGCCACCAUAUUGGAAGGCAGCAGGGGCGGGCCCAACGGUUCCCUGGCCGACUCAUUGGGCUCUGUUGCCGUCUGUCUUCCUCCUCCUGAGACCACUUCUCUUCUAACUGACUCUCUCCUCCGCACCUCGGCAGUGAGCGUCGACGAGGGUGGCGAGGGCGAGUAUGUCAACCUGUACUCAUCCAGCCAGGCCAAUGGGGAGCUGGAGCUGCCUCCCUGCCUCAGACCAAUCGCUGCUGACGAUGUCAUUCAAGACCCCGCGCCACAAAUGCACUCCUCCAAUAGCAAGGAGGCUCUGGACAAGGAGAGCAGGAGGCAGAAGUCGACAGACUCGGUCCAGAGCGAUGAGGAGGAAGUGGAUGAGCUCUCUCUCAUCGACCACAAAGAGAUCAUGUCCCGGAUAACACUCAAACAGGAGAAUGACGAUGGUCCUGAUGUGCGUGCUGGAUCAGGGGAUAUUCUGUUAGUCCACGCCACAGAGACAGACCGCAAAGAUCUGGUGUUGUACUGUGAGGUCUUCCUGACCACAUACAGGACCUUCAUCAGCCCAGAGGACCUCAUUAAGAAGCUCCACUACAGAUACACCAGGUUCUGUCACAGUCCAGACACGUUUAAGAAGCGGGUCAGCAAGAACACCUUCUUUGUGCUCGUUAGACUGGUGGACGAACUGUGUCUGGUGGAGUUAACAGAGGACAUCCUGAAGCAGCUGAUGGACCUGGUGUUCAGGCUGGUGUGUAACGGCGAGCUGAGCCUGGCCCGCGUGCUUCGCAAGAACAUCCUGGACAAGGUGGAGCAGAAGAAGCUGCUGCGCUGCACCAACUCCCUCAAGCCGCUGGCUGCCCGGGGCGUGUCCGCCAGACCCGGAACCCUGCAUGACUUCCGCAGCCAUGAAAUCGCCGAUCAGCUCACGCUCCUGGAUGCAGAACUUUUCUACAACAUCGAGAUUCCUGAGGUGUUGCUUUGGGCCAAAGAACAGAACGAGGAAAAGAGUCCCAAUCUGACUCAGUUCACAGAGCACUUUAACAAUAUGAGCUACUGGGUGCGCUCUCUAAUCAUUCAGCAGGAGAAAGGCCAGGACAGAGAGAAGCUGCUCCUCAAGUUCAUUAAGAUCAUGAAGCACUUAAGAAAGUUGAACAAUUUCAACUCGUACUUGGCAAUACUGUCUGCCCUGGACUCAGCCCCCAUCCGCAGACUGGAGUGGCAGAAACAGACAUCAGAGGGAUUGGAGGAAUACUGCACUUUGAUUGACAGCUCGUCGUCUUUCCGAGUGUACCGGGCGGCUCUGGCCGACGUGGAGCCUCCAUGCAUCCCAUACCUCGGUCUAAUCUUGCAGGACCUGACAUUCGUCCACCUGGGGAACCCUGAUCUCAUCGAUGGGAAGGUCAAUUUCUCUAAGCGCUGGCAGCAGUUCAACAUCCUGGACAGCAUGAGGCGCUUCCAGCAAGUGCAUUAUGAGCUGAAGCGUAACGACGACAUCGUGUGCUUCUUCAACGACUUCAGCGACCACCUGGCCGAGGAGGCGCUGUGGGAGCUCUCACUGAAGAUCAAGCCUCGAAACAUCACCCGGAGGCGGACAGAGCGCGAAGAGAAGACCUAGGGGGUGUAGGGGCACGGCGUGGUGCCCAAACCCGGGACCAGGUCCCACCGAGGGACCACCACUGUGCUACAGACACUAACUCCACUUUACUAUGGAAGGACAUUCAGACAUACAGACAGACGGACGGAAAGGAUAGAUGGAUGGACACAAUCAGUUGGACCUAACUAACAUGGGACGAGUGACUGACUAGGGCCGGACCAGAGCACAUACAGUAGGCUAGUAUGGAGAAAAAGACUGGUUUUAAAUUACUCUGCACUGCUCUGCUACACUGGGAUAUUAUGGGGGUUUUAUGGAUUGACAUGGGAUUUUCUCCACCCCGAACUAAUGUUGGCAGGGGAGAAACUCCUAGCCAAUGGGAGGAGAGAGGAGAAAGACUUGUAUAAGAGACGUCAUGUAAGGAGGAUGUGGAGAUACCGCUCCCCGUCCUCUCCCAUUUUAGUGUGUAAGUGGGAGGUGAAAGCUCCUCUACACCCUGAUACCAACACCCUAUUCCCUUCUCCUCCUCCCUACAUAGUGUGUGCCACCAUUGGGUCAGCCCCUACUGCCCCCCUCCCCUGACUUAACUUCCCUCCAACAUUGAAGGAAGAUAAAGUUCCUUGUAUCCAUGGAAUCGUCAGUAUUCUGGACUGCAGUCUAGGGAAUGGGAAUCUGAGGGUUAGUAGAGGUGGACUGGACUUGUAGCAAGUGUAUUUGGGAUAUUGUGUAUUAUUAUUAAUCAUGUAUGGUUGUGAUGUAUUAUACAGUGCUCCUUUUGUUCUUAAAAAGGAUGUUUAUUAUGCUAUUAAGAGAAGCGCUCAGCUUCUACCCAAGUGCCAUAAUGUGCACUCUAAAAAGCAACACAACAAAAAGAGAAUGACUAAAGAUGCUGUGAUCUAUGUAUGUCAUAUUCAAUCAUUGUGUGCCAUGUUUGAGUGAGAGAACUGCCAGUAGUGUGUGUGUGUGUGUGUGUGUGUGUGUGUGUGUGUGUGUGUGUGUGUGUGUGUGUGUGUGUGUGUGUGUGUGUGUGUGUGUGUGUGUUUGUCUGUCCAUUGUGUGCUGUAGUUCUUCAUUCUGAUUCCUUUGGAAUAAUCCUGUCAUCCUCAUUACACUAUGCAAUAAAACUGCUCAGUUUCUAUACAUCAAGAUCUUAAGAGGUUUGACAGACUAUGCUGCUUAUAUGUUCCUUAUGGGCAAAAUCCCAACCAGAUCGGCGCUCCUAACUUUGACUUUUGCAUUAUCAUGCAUUGAUAUCAAUGGAAGUCUUGUUGCGCUCGCAAGUUAGGAUUCAGCCCCAACUGGUCAUUCUGGUUAGACAAUAACAACCACAAGCCACUGAUAGUGAACAUAAUAUUUUUAAUAUUUCUUAAAUAUCAUGGUCAUUGGAAAAUGUUUUACAAAAUAAAGGCAUGAAUUUACCUUGGCAUCGAGGAAUGAUCCAACAAAUAUACAGUUCAUGAAGCAAAGUCUAAAGAAUGCUUAAAAUGUGAUACAUAUUGUAUGAAAUCCUUCAUUUGUCUAUAAUAUUCGAUACAUAAUCUGAUUUCUACAUGUUUCAAGCAUCUUGAUACAUGUUGCAUUUAUAUAUUUGUUCAGUAUGAAACAAAGACAGUGAAUCAUGGUAGUACAUGAAGUCUACUACAUUACUAGUUAUUCAUUGUUGGCUGUGAAAGCUCAACAGCUAAAACACAAUGUGCAAAGCUAAAAUCAAAACAGACAUUAACUUGAAACUAACAUUAAAAGGACAGCUUUCCUUCCUUCAUCUCACCAUCACUCCUAUUUCAGCCACAGAGGUAGUCAAGCCACCGCAGGGUAAAACAUAGAAGGCAGAGUAAUUAAAAAGUGGAAGAGUUGUAUUGUGUACCUGUGAUUGCUCUGUUUCAUUGAUGCUUGCAAUUUCAGUGGUAUCUAUUUCAGUAAUAUACUAAUGAAUCAUUA